UAUAUUUUGGUCUUGGGGGUAAUUUUGGGGUUAUUUAGUCAUAAUGGGUCUUCAGGACUUACAAGAAUUUAUAGAAACCAGCUGCCCAAAGGCUGCGAUAAAUGUUGAUUUAGAUAAAGUUGCCUGGAGAAAACGAGGCGGCGGUAAAAACCGAAUGCCUACCGGGCAAAUUGUUCCUCUCUUUGUGGUCCUGGACGCGGAAAGCUGUUUGCAUCGUCUUUAUGGGGGGUCUUUCACUGACUGGGUUUGCGGAGGGCAGUGGAAUCAAGCGUAUCAAUUUGUGGCUGCUUUGAGCAACGCUGCUCGUCGUUUGAAUAUCGAACUUGUUGUUUUUUUCAACGGAAGUCUCGAGAAAGAUCGAAUGCAGUCGUGGAGUCAAGAUCAGAUGAUUUGCAAAGGAAAUGUUCGUAAUAUACUUGGACAUAUUCAAAGAAAGGGGGUUCCCCCUCCCAAAGCUUGGUUCACACCUCCUGUAGGUGUAGAGCAAUGCUUACGACUUGCACUUCAGGACUGCGGAAUUCGUGUUCAACAGACCAUAAAGGACCAUCACAGAGAAGUGAUGUCAUAUUGCCGUGGCAACGUUUUCCACGGUAUCAUAGGUCAUUCAGCUGACUAUAUCGUGUUUGAUCCUCCGCGUUACUUUUCCUCGCACACUUUGAAAUUAUCGCGAGAUGGUAGAGUCAUUACAACCACCCAGUUUCUUCUUGACGAAGUUGCGAAACAUUUGGAAAUAUCGCAAUCUUCACUCCCCCUAGUGGCAACGUUGCUUGGAAAUCAUAUUCUCACGGAAGAAGAUGUUUCUACAUUCCAGUGGCGAUUACUUGAACCCGAUCAAAGCGAUUCUGAGUUUAAAAUCAGUCGUGUACACCUUCCACCAGGUGGCACUAUUAUCCCAGUUAUUGCGAAAUAUGUUCGCGAACUUGUCGAUCCUGAAGAUUUAGAUGAAAUUGCAAAGUUUGUAUUUCGAAAUGCUCGAGGUGAUCCUGCUGAACUAAAACAACGACUCAAAGACUCGGUCACAUAUUUUCGUUCCGCAAGUCGAAAUGGGGGGCGUGGCGUCAUGCAUCAGCGAGCACAGAAAAAGACUCAACAAGAGGAGGCUAAAACAGACGAUGAAACAAAAGGUGACGAGGAUUCUCAGGCUAAGGAUGAAACUAACGUUAAAGAAGAGGAAAGUUCCGGUGACGACACUAGUCUGACAUCCGAGGAUGAAAACAAAGAUUCCGAUGCAGACUUGGUCGACGGAAUAAAAAAUCUGAAAAUUGAAGAAAAGAAAAACGGAAUCCCACCUUUGAUGCAAACUACUAUUCGUCAUUCAGAUAUUGCGACACCUCCAAUUCCGACAGUUGGUGCUGAUGUCAUGCGUAUCGCUCACCAUCGUCACAUGAUGGGUUUGCUGCACCCAAGUAUCCUACAGAUAUUAACGCACGGAGAAAUUCAGAUCCCAAUCUCUAUAGAAGAUGAUCAUCAAUUGCCACCAGUACCUGGGAUCUAUCAACAACUUCGACAAAACAUUUACGGAAUUCUAUUCUCCGUUGCUAACACGAAUCAGAAACGUCGUAUAUUAAUCAAAGAGUGGUGGGCUUCGAAAGGAAAACUACUUUUCACUCCUGAGAUCGCCGAAGCCUUUUCAUUCAAUGAUUGGCAAGUUCCACCUUUGCAACAAUUAUGGCUCGGCCGUGAACCAGAGGAUAAGAAUCGAAGAAUGAGAGCGUUUCUUUCUUGCGUUCGAUGCGAUACUCCGAGUAUGCUGAACCAGAAUUUUGUUCCCCGACAUGCACUGUUCAUGUGCUGCAUUUUGCGAUAUUUGAUGCAGUUUCCCACUCCGUUGCUACGACGAUAUGAGGUCGAUGCGUUCCUCGCUACAGCGGUUUCACCUAUGCUGCACAACCCGUAUCUUAUUCAGGAUGUUGAAACUCCGACACUGACGCAACGAGGACUGCUGCUUGCAUCUCUAUUCAUGCGUGGAGUCGAAACCGCAAUGAUGGCAAACGACGCCUGUGGGGAACCUGUGCCAGCGAUGGUCGCAGCUCCGUGGCAUUAUUUCGAUGGAAAAUUAUUUCAGAUCAAACUUGCAAUUGCGACGAGAGAUGGCUCGAAUUUGGUUCAGUUAUGUGAAGGGCGAGUCGAUCAGGUUGCAAAAGUCGAGCGUAUGCGCCAAGCGAUAAUGGAAGGGUGUAAUUACAACGUUGCCAAGACCCCGUUCCCUCCUCCCCCGCCUGAAAUGUCAUCUGGAUUUGCUUUCAUGGGGGGAUACUCCAACAUGAAUCCCCCGAAACCCCCCUCAUACGGAGGAAAUUUCAGUCCACAGUGGGAUCAUAAUGCUAAUCGACCACCCUCAAUGAUGUACCAGCAUCCACCGACGUCAUUUGCUCAACUAAAAGUCGCAGGAUACACCGUCGGAAAUUGGGCAGGAGGGGAUUUUGGAGGUCACGGAUAUCAAACUAGAGGUCAAAAGGGCAAAGGUUACGGAGGGAUGUGGUUCGGUGGAGGCGGAGAUGCGUCCAACACAAAGAAUUUCUAUUAGCAGAUUAUUUGAACUCUCCUGACCUCUGCUGCCCGCAAUCACAUCUUAGUAUGGGCCGUAGAUAAACUUGCCUAUAUUUGGCCAAUAAUUUGCAAAGGAUAUCUGAUUUUAUAUCAUUUAAUAAGAGUUUGGCCAAUCUUGAUAUUUCUUGUUCAUGAUAUUUUUAGGUUUGUGGUAUGCUUCAGCUUUAUCGGAGAUAUGUCUUUAAAUAAAUCCCCCUCCUUCCUCUAUACGUUCCACGCUGAAUCUGCUGCUUAGCUCAAGCUUUUGCUUGUAUUGACAACAAUUCUGGGCUUUUUCAAAUUCAAAAAUGUAAAAUUAAUUAUGGGUUGAAUAUUGAUUUCUGCAGAAUAUUGAAAUUUGAUCUGGUAUGAAUUGUCCCUACUAUCAAUGUACGGGGAUGGGCGAAAUCCUACAAUUCACUAUUCAGAUUUAUUUUAAAGUUUCCGAAUAUAUAGGAAUUGAUGCAAUUUAAUGAGUUAGAAUUUCAAAAAUACAGAAUUCAUAAAUUAACAGUAAUUUGAUUGGCUCUCCCUUUUUGUUUUAUUUGUUAGAAAUUUAAUUCAGACUUCUUUGGUCAUAAGAAGAGACAUCGAUUGCUCAGUUAGAUCAUCUUUAGAAAAAAAAAUCUAAAUUGUCUCAUAAUAAAGAAAUUCGAAUAGAUUUGAAUAUCAAACUCCCUUGGUCAUCCCCUAGUCGCAAUGUUUCUGCCUUCGAAUUAAAAAGUUUCUUAAAAUCAUGAUUUGUAUUCACUAUGAGUUCCAAUUGUAUUAAUGUUUUUUUCUUUUUUGUUCUUUUUAUUUUUUUUUUUCAGAAAUGUCUGAAUAUGAUCACAUGUUUAAAAUGUGCAUUCAGUAGUGCAUUGCCCACAUUCAAAAAAACCUUGCUUAUUAUUGAAGCUUUUAAUGUGUUUAGACAUUGAGAGGACAUUUAUUUCAUUUACGACAAUUUUGUUUCAAUCUUACACUUGAGUUGCAUUGAAAAUAUUUUUAAAAUUCUGCCAAAGCUGAAAUUGAAGGAUAGAAGGAUAAAUCAUUUGUGUGAAUCCUUUUAUUUUUGCAUUUGGGCAUAAUCGGAUUUGUAUAUAAAAUUGCUGGCUCACGGUUUCAGUUUUUUGUUCAGAACGUUCAACGACACCAUAUCCAUGAACCUAGACCCGAGACCAUUUAUACCGCCUAACUGAAUUGUAAUAUAUUGUUAAAUAUGAAAGGGAUGGCCAUACUAUGAUACCUUCUGUAUCUUGUUAGGAUGAUCACACUGAAAUGCAGCGAGCCUUUUUCAAUUACAAACUAAACUGUUUGGUCAUUCCAACCUGGCAAACCUUGUUUGUUUUUUUCUCCAAGAACCUCACUGAAGGCAGCAACCUAAUUCCUUUUAAAUCUGGGCCUUUAUUGAAUGGUGUGCAAGGUGUCAUAAUUAUCCAUGUUUAUUUGCCAUGUUUUCUUGAUGUUCAUAUGUAUAUUGUUGUACAUAUUUCUGUGCUUUUUGUCGUGCGUGAUUUUUUUUUUUCAAUACUGCUGAUAUUCUGUCCACACCAUUUAUCGAUGAAUUUGUUUCACUGCCUGAACUCCCUACACAAGACUGACUGCCCUACACAAGCUGCACAAACCGACUGCCACGACCCAUCCAUUGCCAGUUAUCUGGCGGAUUUCAUCUUCCCUGUCUUGUUUUUGGCAGCUACCUGCAUCAGCGCUAUUGAUCGUUUUCUGUGGGACUAACUACUCAUUCUCAUAUUUUUUGUGCCGGUGAAUCCGUAUGCAUAUAAUGCAAGGAUGCUGUAGCAAGAGUAAAGAUAACUGCUCAAGAGUCUUGCUGAGUUAACUUGUGCUAUCGAGGUUGUUGAAUUGCUUGCUUCAGUAAUUUUGGUUUAUAUACAGCCUGCAUCUAUGAUGAGACAGACAAUUGUGUAGUAGAAAAAGUGUAUUAUAUUUUGUUCCUCUCUAUAUCUGUUGAAGUUAGUAUUUAACCUGUUGCCAUAUUUCACCCCAUGAACAGAGUUUGAGUUCCCGAACAUGAAUGUUCCCAAUGGUUUACAGACUUUUCGCUCCACAGAAUUUGGCAUGCGACAGUUUGAGUUAACCUCGCCAUGGAGGUUGUUUAAGAAUAAUAAUAAAUAACUAUUCAAAUAAUUAUAGAUUUAUUUGCGGAUAUUUAUAUUCACCACAGCAGCGACAUAUACCGAUAACCUGCGGAUUGUGUACAACCCAAACCUUGUGAAUCCCCUAACUGUGCACAAAUGUCUAAACCCGAAUUUUUAUUCUUAUUUUUAAACAUCUCCCAAGGCGAAUGUAAAACAACAUUAUAUAACUCAAGCCAUCAAGUCUGUGGGAUGAUAGACUGUAUACCCUUUCAGCCUUACCAAUGACCCAGGCAUUUGUAAUUUAGUUUGUUUAUUUGAAUAUUUAGUGAAUUGUUGUUUUUCUAAUACUGGCAUCACAUUGAAGGUGUUGCAAAGACCAUGCUUGGUAAAGUUUGCAAUUGGAUAGAUUAUCUCAUUCCCAAGCAUGUCCUGUAGAUAAACUGACUGUUAUUUGUAUAUAUGUAAACUGCUUUACCAUCAGCCGAAGAUGGACCAUGCUUGAUGCGACUGUAAGUAUGGACGAAUGCUAGGUGACGUCAUUAUUAUGUUGAAUAAAUUAAAAAGCAUCUGCGUA